GAUGAUGCGUGGAGCGGACGUUGCUGGCUUUCUGGCAACUGAGCGCUCACAAGUCUUUUUCACCACGGUAUGACUUGCUGUCGUGAGCCCGGCGGAUGGCGUUUCUGUUCGGACAGUCUCUCUUGAGACGGUCGUGUUCCAACAUAGCUCGGAUGGAAUUUUUGCUGCAUUUUCCAGGCGGCCUUCUUGCAUGUCUUUACCAGCCGGCGUCCUUCUGGUCCAGUUCGAUUACGGAGUUUUCUGGGUAUUUCUAUCUCUCUUCGAUUUUCCAUGCGCUAUGGUGGUUGUAAUGCCUUUCUUUUUUUUGGGGGUCCUCGUCACGUCUCAAAGUCAUUGUUGGUCGCUCCUUCUUUACGGGAUCGAAAAAGCGGGUUGUUUGCAUUUUGUAGCGUUUUCCUUCAUUACUACCGAUGGUCGAUUGGUCGUACGCAGGCGGCGGUACUGGAUCGUCAAAUGUGAUGCUGCAGGUUGUUUCAAAUUGUCAUCGUCGAUGGUGUCGUUGUGUGUGUUCUGUAUUGAUGGUUGUUUGUUGUAUGCGGCGCUUUGUACAUGGUGGGUUCGGGAGUAGUUCAGUCGAGUAUGCUUGGGCGGGUCGAAGCAGUACUACCUAUAUACCCAGUCAAUGCAAAAAUAUGGCAUAACCAACCU